AUGGCUCCUGGGCGGCGACAGCUCAAGAAGGCAGCCCGUAUUAUUCUGAUCGGGGCGCCGGGAGUGGGCAAGGGGACACAAACAGAGCGCCUGCUGGCCCGGUUCCCUGACCUUGCGUCCAUCAGCUCGGGAAAUCUAUUGCGAGAGAAUGUGCGCAUGAAGACACCGUUGGGGUCCAAGGUUGAGGCUGCGAUGCAAUCGGGGAACUUGGUGCCAGAUUCUAUGAUUCUCGAUCUGAUUUCCGCCGAACUCGUCUCGAAAGGAUGGCUGUCGAGACCGCCAUCCGUAUCCGCUACAGAUGAUACUAUUCCCUCGCCAUCCCUUUCGCCCUCCGCCUCGUUUAUCCUCGACGGAUUCCCUCGCACCGCCGUCCAGGCAUCCAGCCUGGACAGACUCGUCCCCGUGAACUUUGUCGUCCACCUCCUGACACCGCCGGCAGUGAUUCUCUCGCGGAUCGCAUCGCGCUGGGUGCACGAGCCGUCCGGUCGUGUGUACAACACCGAGUUCAAUGCGCCCAAGGUCCCCGGCAAGGACGACAUAACAGGCGAGCCGCUGACGCAGAGAAAAGACGACUCGAUCGACACGUGGAAGCAACGGCUCCAGAAAUUCGAGGAGACGAGCAAGGCGCUACUUGACCACUAUGACCGCAAGGGUUGUCUGUGGCGCGUCGAGGGCAACAGCAGCGACGAAAUCACGCCGAGGCUUCUUGCAGAGGUCGAGCGGCGGUUCUGCUGA